UGGCAAAGAAAUAGGAAAUUAGGAACAAUGGGCAUUUUGUUCUUUGAAACUUAUUUCUCUGCAUCUUGCCAUCCUAUAUCUAUCGUAAGCUCUUUUGUAGCAGGCAUUAUUCUUUUGAUUGACAAUUUCUACUUGAGCAUAAUUUGGUUUUAAUGCUCAUUUGAGAAAUUUGUAAUUUGAAAAUUCUAUUAAACAGCUUACUUGCUGCAAGUAUUUUGAUCACUUUUAAUUUCUAUGUUUUGUGUCAUACUAUUUUCAAUCUAAAUGCAAUUUUCAAUCUUAGGUUGUUUAAGUUAGACUAAUAGAACCAUAAAAAUGCAAGAGUUAGGGAGAGAAAAAAGAAGUACCUGCUUUGCUUUUGGAAGGGAUUGUGUUAUCUUUUAGUCUGUUUUGGGUUAGAUUUUUGGGCUUUUAGGUAUGAGAGCUACUUAUGGGACAAUUGAUAAUGGUAUUGGUGUGGUGUUGAUGGGUAUGAUGAGGCCUGAAAUGAAGAUGAAGUGCAUUGUCCCAGUUGUUAUGGCUAGAAUGCUUGGUUAUGCACAUUUUGAUUGGUAUGCCAAUUGAUAUUAUUGGUGAUGCUAGUGUUAGGUAAGUUUAUAAAUUUUUAUUUUUGUAUUUUUAGUUUUACACAAGUAUACUGAAUUGUGCAUUUAGUUUUUGGGUGGGCUUGCUAUUUGGGGUUGGUUUUUAAAGUUAAUUGUUGCUCAUGCUUCAGUAGUUUACAUUUGUUUUAGAGUUCACUUUUGGUAUCGACUCCACUAAUUCUAAGUUCUAACUUUGGCCAUUGUGUUUGGAUCUAGCAUGCAGUUAACAAAUUAAAGUUGUUUUACUUAGAUGAGCUUGGCUCAUUGGUGUGGUAAGCUUGACAUAUAUUAACAUGGAAAUUGGAAAUUGAAGAGUGAAAAAACAGAAUGUUUUCAGCGUAUGUGCAGUGAGUUAAGGCUAUGUUUUAUCUCUAUAAACCCAAAACUUAUUAAAAAAAAAAAAAAAAAUCACCUCAACAUAAAAGGGCUUUAAUUUUUGGUUAAUUUGCUCUGGGUUGGUGCCUUUGUGUUUUCAAUGACAUAUGAUGCACACUAUGUGCUUGAUAUUUUAUUUCUAGAUGGACACCAUUGUAACAUAUGAUAUAUAUUUUUUAAAUUCUAUAAAAGAUAAUUGGAGUUGAUUUUAAUUGGAGUGAUAUUGUAUUUUAUAGAUAGUAUUCUAGCAAGUAGGACAAAUGAGGGGCUGUACAACAUGCCCUUGACCAAUUUUGAAUUUUAAUGUAUUGUUAUAUUAAGUUGAUUGUUUUCUAAUUUAUAAAAUGAUCCCGCGUAUUGAGCGGAUUAAAUGCUAGUUAUACUAAAAUAAAUAAAAAAUUUUGUAAUGAUUUGACCAUCCCAGUGUUUUUGGUCAAAUCUAUAAAAAGCAUUUUCUUAUUGUUUGUGACCUGCGGCUAGCAUUGCCCACCUAUAUAUAGGAGCAUGCACAUUGAAUACUAAAAAUAAAACCUAAAUGAAUAAUAUAAAUAAAUAAUAAUUGCUUGAUGUAUUUCUAACUAUGCAUUUCAUAUCAAGCAACAUAGACCUGAAGGUUUAAUAGAGAGGGACUUUAAAAACUCAAUCCUGGUAAAAAAACGCUAGUCACCAAUCUUCAAUUUUCAGAAUCGGAACAAUGGCAAACCAAGCUUCUCUAAUGUUUUAUUACGUUUCCACCAUAUUCAUAAUCACCAUGAGCGUGCUGUGCGGGGCCAGCACUGUAGAGAAAAAGGCUCACAUUGUGUACAUGGGUUCACUUCCAAAGGGGCAAUACUCACCAUUGUCUCACCACCGUAAUAUGCUACGGCAAACCGUUCAGCUGGACAGUUCUGUAGAAACAUCAUACAUCAGAAGUUACACUAGGAGUUUCAAUGGAUUUGUCGCAAAGCUCACGGAUAUCGAAAAGCAAAGGCUUUCUAAUAUGGAAGGUGUCAUCUCCGUUUUUCCAAGCAAAACUCUUCAACUUCACACAACAAGAUCAUGGGACUUCAUAGGUUUACAAGAAAAUGCCACGCGGAAUGCCCAAGCUGAGAGUGAUAUCAUAAUCGGACUUCUAGAUACUGGAAUUUGGCCUGAAUUAGAAAGCUUUAAUGAUAAAGGUUUUGGUCCUCCUCCCAGCAAGUGGAAGGGUUUUUGUGAAGGCGGCGAAAAUUUCACAUGCAACAACAAGAUAAUUGGAGCUCGAUAUUACGGUGCCGCACGGCCGCAAUCAUUUCGGUCUGCAAGGGACUCUGAUGGUCAUGGAUCUCACACUGCCUCUACAGCAGCAGGGAACAUAGUAAACAAUGUUAGCUUUUUUGAACUGGCACAAGGUACCGCAAAAGGAGGGGUUCCCAGUGCGAGGAUUGCAGCAUAUAGAAUCUGCCAACCGGACGGGUGUAAUGAUGAAGAUAUCUUGGCCGGUUUUGAUGAUGCAAUUGCUGAUGGAGUUGACAUCAUUUCAGUUUCAGUAGGAGGACGACGAGCUUCUGAUUUCUUUAACGAUUCCAUUGCAAUUGGUGCUUUUCAUGCAAUGCAGAAGGGGAUAUUAACUUCUCAAUCUACAGGCAAUAGUGGUCCUUCCUAUGGAUCAACCACAAGUGUAGCACCGUGGUUGAUUUCUGUAGCAGCAAGUACCACAGACCGUCUUUUCGUAGACAAGGUUGUCCUUGGUGAUGGAAAAACACUUGUUGGAAAAUCAAUCAAUUCUUUCGCAUCACCCACAACCACGUUUCCUCUACUACAUGGAGCACAAGUUUCAAUUCGGUGCUCUUUAAAUGAUUCAAUGUACUGCAAACCAGGGUGUCUAGACAAGACAAUGGUGAACGGAUCGUAUGUGCUUUGUAAUUCGAAUUCUGGAGAUUAUGAGGCUUACAAUGCUGGUGCACUAGGGGCAGUCGUGAGAAAUGAACCAUAUGUAGAUUCUGCUGAUAUUGUUGCAUUACCUGCAUUGCUAUUAAACGCUAAAGAGCAUGAUGUAGCCCUGUCCUACGUGAAAUCCGAAUCAUUCCCUAAAGCAAGCAUUUUGAAAAGUGAAACUAUAAAAGAUGCGGAAGCUCCUACCAUUGCUUCAUUCUCUUCACGAGGACCAAAUUUUAUUACACCAGAUAUUAUAAAGCCUGAUUUAAGUGCCCCAGGGGUGGAUAUCUUAGCUGGAUAUUCCCCACUCGCUACACCCUCGUUUAGCAAUAGUGAUCCAAGGCGUGUUCACUACGCUAUUAUAUCUGGAACCUCUAUGGCUUGCCCCCAUGUUUCUGGUGCAGCAGCCUAUGUCAAGACAUUUCACCCUGAUUGGUCUCCUUCAGCCAUCAAAUCUGCUCUUAUGACUACUGCUUACCCCAUGAGUGAUGCCAAAAGUCUGGAUGGUGAAUUUGCCUACGGAUCUGGGCUUGUAAAUCCAGCAGAAGCUGUUCGUCCAGGACUUGUUUAUGAAGCUCUAGAAGAAGACUAUAUAAUAAUGCUUUGUAGCAUUGGCUAUGAUGCAAAGAAACUUCAAGUCUUAUCAGGAGAUACUACUUGUCCUAAUUUACCAGUCACAGCAUCACCAAAGGAUUUGAAUUACCCUUCAAUGGCAGCUGAGGUAGUUCCAGCAAAGCCUUCCAAUGUUACGUUUCACAGAACAGUUACAAAUGUUGGCUCGGCAACUUCUAGUUACAAGGCAAAAAUAGUCACAAAUUCAAAAGUUAAUAUAAAAGUGGAGCCCGAAGUACUCACUUUCAAGUCCCUAAAUGAGAAGAAAUCUUUUGUUGUAUCUGUCAGUGGUAGUGUGCCAGUUAACUCAAGGCUAUCCGCAUCACUGGUGUGGUCUGAUGGUACUUACAGUGUGAGAAGUCCAAUUGUUUUGCACGCCUGAAGCGUUUGAGCCUAAUUGGAAUAGAAUCAUUAUAAGCUUGCCAUAACAAACUCCGACUUCUACAAAUAGGUCAUUCUUCCUUCCAAUAAAUUUUUAAGGUAAAACUCAAGCUAUUAGUUUAAUAAUGAUUCUAUUCAUUUUUUGCAAAUGGUUUGGUCAAAACUUGAAAAGAUAAAGAAAUAGUAAACAUAAGUGUGGAUUCGGGUUUGGGUGCGGGUGCAAAGCAGUGGCUCUGCUAAUU